ACGAGCUGAUCUGGAAGCAGGAGCAGGAAGCGAGACGAUGAAUAUUUUUGUCAAGUCGGCAAUCUAUCUGACCGGAUUUGGCGCUUUGAGUUGGGUUCUGCUCGAAGUGACGACGCCCAGUAAGGAAAAGUUGGAGGAGAUUAAGCGGCAACAGGGAGUUGCGUUGAGUGAGAGUAAGAGCCAGAAGGCAUUGUUUUUGAAGACCCUGAAGGAGGCCAGCGAGGGAAAGGAUCCGUUGAAGAAGAAGAGCGAUUAGAAGGGGAAAGCGCGAUGGCGGAGAUUG